CGGGUGUGCAGCAGCUGGAGCUGCGGGCGCGGGGCGCGGGGCGGGCGCGGACGGUGGGCUCGGUUGGUGACGAGCAGCGGCGGCGGCGGCGGCGCGGGGUCCGGACUGUAACCGCGGCGGCUGCUCGGGACGCGGGCGGCGGCGGCAGCAGCCGAGGCGGCCCGUCCGCGGGCGCGAUGUGGCCCCUGUUGGUGCUGCUGCUGCUGGGCUCAGCGAGCCGCGGUUCAGCUCAGCUAAUAUUUAAUAUAACCAAAUUUGUAGACUACACCACUUGCAAUCAAACUGUUGUAAUUCCAUGUAUCGUUAAUAAUGUGGAGGCAAAGAGCCUGAGAGAAAUGUUUGUAAAGUGGAAGUUCAGAGACAUAUACUUUUUCUCCUAUAAUGGAGAGAAAAAUGAAUCUAAGCCCAGCAAUAGCAACUUCUCAAGUGCAUACAUCGUUCCAGAAGCACUACUGAGUGGCAUUGCCUCUUUGAAGAUGGACAAGUCCCAAGCUGUCCCAGGAAACUACACAUGUGAAGUAACAGAAUUAACUAGAGAAGGCGAAACCACCAUAGAACUAAAAUAUCGUGUUGUUUCAUGGUUUUCUCCAAAUGAAAAUAUCCUUAUUGUUAUUUUCCCAAUGUUGGCUGUGCUUCUGUUCUGGGGACAAUUUGGUAUUGUGACGCUUAAAUAUAAUGCCAGUGUUACGAAGGAGAAAACCAUUCUUUUAUUUGUGGCUGGACUAGUGCUGACGACAUUUGUCAUUGUUGGAGCCAUCCUCUUCGUCCCAGGUGAAUAUUCAACAAAGAGGGCCAGUGGACUUGGUUUAAUUGUAGUUCCUACAGUGAUAUUAAUAUUACUUCAGUACUCUGUAUUUAUGAUAGCUCCAGCUAUUGGGAUGUCCUCGUUCAGCAUCACCAUAUUGAUCCUUCAGGUGCUGGGCUUUGUGCUCUCUGUGGUCGGACUAAGCCUCUGUGUCUCAGAGUGCACACCAAUGCAUGGUCCUCUUCUGAUUUCAGGUUUGGGAAUUAUAGCUUUAGCAGAAUUACUUGGAUUAGUUUAUAUGAAAUUUGUUGCUUCCAAUCAGAGGGCUAUUCAGCCUCCUAGGAAAGCUGUAGAGGAACCCCUUAAUGCAUUUAAAGAAUCAAAAGGAAUGAUGAAUGAUGAAUAACUGAAUUGAAGUGAUGGACUCUCACUUGCAGAGUAUUAAGAUGUGAAAGGAAUGCACUUAUGUUUAAGGACCCUGACCUUGACUCACUCACUGUUCAAGAGAAGAAAACAAGAAAAGUGACUCUCAUCUACAAGAGAAAAUAAAUCAUUGAGUUUUAAAUGAUUAUUAUAGUUAAGUUUUUAUUCAAAGCAUUUGAUUUAGUUAAUAAAAGAGUUAUAAUCUG